GUACACAAACUAUACAGUAACGUUCCGGUAAAUAAUUCCGUUAUCGUACCAAGUGGGCCCAUGUAUGCAUCGCCUUCGGAUAGAAAUCAACAGGACCGUACAGAUGACCACGAUGGGUGUCAGGGUUUGACAGUAAAUUUGGUCGCCUGCAUCUAAACAGAGGAUGGCACAAGACAACAACUUACAUAUUGCAGAUGGCCUAGACCUGAUAGAGGCAGCCAUAAGGGAGGUGAAGUUUCUGGAGAAAGUCGACCAACAGCCAUCACUCUACAGUGGACCUAUUGUGAGGAGGGCUAUUUACAGGUAUGAGUCCUUGUGGCUCCCCCUGGCAGCCAAGCACAAUAAAAACACCCUGGUGGCACCGCUGGAUAUUGCUUGGGUGUGGCACUGCCACAUGUUGGCACCUGUAGCCUACACAAGGGACUGUGAGAAGGCUGUGGGAUGUGUGGUCGACUUCAAGAUCUUCCUCAACAAUAGAGACAACCAGUAUAAUAUGGACCUGGCCAGGUCCUACUGGGAGGAAAUGUACCCUGGGGAGCCAUUUGCUGUCUGUCUGGAUGAAGAGAGCUGCUCAAACACAGAUUUUACUUCCUCUUUUACUUAUGACAUAGAAAAAGCUGUUAAAAGGCAGCAAGCUUUUUAUUAUCAGGUCUCUCUUCCUCAUUAUCUGGAUAAAAAGUUCAUGUCAGCAGGUUUGAAACGCUACGAAAAGUUUCUGUCUUUAAAGAAAAUGAAUCCAGAGCUUUUUAUCGUACCUUGUUAUGACAUAGACUUAAUCUGGCAUACUCAUCAACUACAUCCUAUUACAUAUAAAGAAGAUACGGUGAGAAUUCUUGGAACACAUUUCAAUCAUGACGAUUCUGUCAAUGACCGAAGUUUAGGAUCCAAACUAUGCACAGCCAGUAGCGAGACACAGAAAUGUUGGCAACAGAUGUUUGGGGAAGAUUUUUCUUACUUCGGAGCCAUGUACAGAGGGGAUUCACCUGCGGGCAGACUUUGUGAAGUUCCUGUAACUCAAAUUUAUGCUGAAUGUUCAAAAAUUGCCAGUUUCAAUAUUCAAAGCAUUGACAUAGAUAAUGAAACCAUGCAUCCAAAGAAAAUUGCCAGUCUUAAAUUCAUGAGUAUACUGGAAGGUGGAAUAGACUUAGAAUUAUUGAAGUUAAAAAAGCCACAUGAUCAUCAUCAUAGACUUUGGAAUGAAACAAAUUUAUCUACGGCCAACAAAAAUUAUGAAAUUGACACAAACUUUAGUAAAUCCGUUCAUCUAAGGCUAAGCAGAAAAACAGGAUUUGUGAAAAAAUUCACUGGAAAACCUCCUCGAGUAAUAGGAACAUUUGAGGUCGAUUCCAUACUGAAAAAAUGUUUGGCAAACGAUGACAAAGUCACAAGUGUUGGGACUGUGUGUGAAAUGUCAGACGGCUCCAUUAUCAAAUUACAACAGAAUGUGGAGAUUAUUAAGAUAUCACAGUGUCGUCUUGGUGUACAAAUUGGGACGUUUGAGGAUGCUGUCAUGCCAGAAGUAUCGGAGCAACUGUGGGGUCCCAUUCCUUUGCCACGCCUCCCCGCUGGACAACAAAACACAUGUUCUGUAGCAUCACACAGGGUGAGGAACAUGCGUGGGCAGGUAAUGUUUACCUGUCGUGUCAUACACAGUAUAGCUCUGCUCACCUCUGCUGUCCAGAUCUACUAUCAGGACAAACUGGCUGUUGUCUGUCAUCUCAUCGGCACCGACCAGCUUCCUCUACCCUCCCAGGUGGAUAAGGAUGUGUGUCCAGUCCUUAGUCCCAGUAAGGGUGAACGGGCCAUACUCAUCAAAAAUAACAAGGGAGACUGGGCAAUUGUAGUAGCAAGUUGGACUGGUCGGAAGCGGGGCGUCCCAGGGACUCGAGGUAAGCGUGGGAUACCUGGAAGUCAGGGUCAUCUAGGAGUGAAAGUCUUCCUCACAGCCAGAAACACUUGGACAACAGCAGAGGUUGAUCUGAAUCCCCACUCAGACCAGUACACUGUCAAGUUGGAUGGGGUGACGAUGGAACUAAUUGAUGGGACAAUUACCUACACGAAAAACUUCACAGAGAUGGCGGAGAAGUUAGGACUGAUUUUCAGUGUGUCACUCCUCCAUGUUCUUUGUCAGCCUCGACCAAAGAACUGGCAACCUGGACAAUCACUACAGACACCAGCCAAAAAACGAGGAAAAGUUCGUAUCCAACAAUUACCGUCUGAGGAUCACAUGAUGCUCGUAGGAAUGGGGCUGAUGAUGCUGACACCUUGUAAUCACUUCAUCAGACACAAGUUUGGGCCUGACAAGUCCAGACAGUUUUUCUUGCAUGGUACCCAGGACAUGAGUGAUGGCAGUGACGAGGAGGGUUUUCUAAACACAGAGCUAGGGGAUGGGGAAGUUAGAGGACACCUUGACCUUGAACUUAAGGUAGAGAACAGUGAAAGUGAUCAAGAAACAGAGGAAAAUGAAUGGGAUUUUGAUGUGGACUUGGAGGGCGAUGUUGAGGGAGAGGAAACUGGGGGUUGUGGCGGAUGUGGAGGCUGUGGGGGAGGAGGUGAUGAUGGGGGGUCAGGAUGGGGAGGAGGAGGUGAUGGCGGGGGGUCAGGAUGGGGAGGUGAUGGGGGAGGAGGUGAUGGGGGAGGAGGUGAUGGUGGGGGGUCAGGAUGGGGAGGCGAUGGCGGAGGUGGUGACAACGGAGGUUGGGGUGGUGGCGACGGGGGUUGGGGUGGUGAUGGUGGUGGUGGUGGUGGCGAUGGAGGUGGAGCGGGGGGAUGCGGAGGAGGGGGAUGUGGAGGAGGGGGAUGUGGAGGGUGUGGAGGAUAA